GGGAGAUUAUCAGUGCACUUUCGCUUGUUUUCUCUCAUUUUCCUCUGUCUCCUCUCUUACUCAAAACACUUUCUGGAGUACUACUGCAAAACCGAAACCCUAACCCUAACCAACUGCUUUUCCUUCCUCUGAUCUUUCUAUCGGUAGCUCUACACAACUCCCAUAGUCGCACACCAAAACCCUACACCUUUCUGCUUCUGUUUGGUAUCGCCGUUUUCAGUCGCCGACGCCAUAUAUGUUCAAUUUGAAGGCUGGAUAAUUUAAUAAUUUCAGCAUGCAUAUAAAGCAGGUUAUAAUUGAGGGUUUUAAGAGUUACAGAGAACAAAUUGCUACUGAGCCUUUCAGUCCAAAAAUUAAUUGUGUCGUUGGCGCUAAUGGGUCUGGCAAAACAAACUUUUUCCAUGCCAUUCGUUUUGUACUGAGUGACCUCUUCCAAAACCUGCGUAGUGAAGAUAGGCAUGCACUACUCCAUGAAGGUGCAGGGCACCAAGUUUUGUCUGCUUUUGUCGAGAUUGUGUUCGAUAAUUAUGACAAUCGCAUUCCGGUUGAUAAGGAAGAAGUACGAUUGCGUAGAACAAUUGGUUUGAAAAAGGAUGAAUAUUUUCUGGAUGGGAAGCACAUCACGAAAACAGAAGUGAUGAAUCUGCUAGAAAGCGCUGGGUUCUCCCGCUCCAAUCCAUAUUAUGUAGUGCAGCAAGGAAAGAUAGCAUCAUUGACAUUGAUGAAAGACUCAGAGCGCCUGGAUUUACUGAAGGAAAUUGGUGGAACUCGAGUAUAUGAGGAGAGACGCCGUGAAAGUUUGAAAAUUAUGCAAGAAACGGGAAACAAAAGAAAGCAGAUAAUUCAAGUUGUUCAAUACUUGGAUGAGAGGCUAAAGGAACUGGAUGAAGAGAAAGAGGAGCUCAGAAAAUAUCAGCAGCUUGACAGACAGCGUAAAUCUUUAGAAUAUACCAUUUAUGAUAAGGAACUCCAUGAUGCUCGGCAGAAGUUGGAGGAGGUAGAAGAGGCUCGAAACAAGGUUUCUGAAACAUCAGCUAAGAUGUAUAAUAGUGUGUUGGAUUCCCAUGAAAGGUCCAAGGAUUUGGACAAGAUGCUUAAAGAUCUUACAAAAGAGGUUCAAGGAUUGAAUAAAGAGAAAGAGUUAGUGGAGAAGCGACAAACUGAAGCAAUAAAAAAACAGACAGAGCUUGAGCUUGAUGUAAAGGAUCUGCAAGAGAGGAUUUCUGGAAAUGUCCAAGCUAAAGAGGAGGCAAUGAAGCAGCUUGAUAUACUUCAAAGAGAAAUACAAGAUUCAAUGGAAGAGCUUGACAAAAUCAGUCCAUUGUAUGAGAAUCAAGCUAUAAAGGAAAAGGAUAUUACUAAAGGAAUAAUGGAGCGUGAAAAGCAGCUUAGCAUUCUUUAUCAAAAACAGGGUCGUGCCACCCAAUUCUCCAGCAAAGCCGCUCGUGAUAAAUGGCUUCAAAAGGAAAUUGAUGAUCUGCAACGUGUUCUUUCUUCAAAUUUGGCUCAGGAGCAAAAACUUGAGGAUGAAAUUUGUAAGCUUAAUGGGGACUUGAAAGAGCGAGAUGCCUACAUUGAGAAUCGUAAAGCUGAAAUUGCUUCUUUAGAAUCUCUUGUUUCAGAGUCUCGUGAAGGGUUUAAUAAUCAUAAAGCACAGAGAGACAAGCUGCAGGAUGAGCGGAAGUCAUUGUGGGGAAAAGAAAGUGCACUUAUUGCUGAAAUUGAUAAACUGAGAGCAGAAGUUGAGAAGGCAGAGAAGAGCCUUGAUCAUGCAACUCCUGGUGAUGUAAGAAGAGGGCUAAAUUCUAUUCGGCGGAUAUGUAGAGACUAUAAGAUCAAUGGAGUAUUUGGUCCAAUUAUUGAGUUGCUUGAUUGUGAUGAAAAAUUUUUCACUGCUGUUGAAGUCACUGCUGGAAACAGCUUAUUUCAUGUGGUGGUUGAGAAUGAUGAAAUAUCAACCCAGAUAAUUAGACACCUUAAUUCAUCAAAAGGUGGGCGUGUUACUUUCAUACCACUGAACAGGGUAAAAGCGCCACGUGUAACUUAUCCGCAAAGUUCUGAUGUGAUACCUUUGCUAAAGAAAUUGAAGUUCUCUCCUAAUUUCACCCCUGCAUUUGCCCAGGUAUUUGCUAGAACUGUGAUUUGCCGAGAUUUGGAUGUUGCCACUAGAGUUGCUCGAACUGAUAAUCUGGACUGUAUAACUUUAGAAGGUGAUCAAGUAAGCAAGAAAGGCGGUAUGACGGGGGGUUUUUAUGACCAUCGACGUUCAAAAUUGAAGUUCAUGAAUAUAAUUAUGCAGAAUACAAAAUCUAUCAACCUGAAGGAAGAAGAAUUGGAAAAAGUUAGAUCUAUGCUACAAGAUAUAGAUCAGAAAAUUACUGAACGCGUAACUGAGCAGCAGAAAAUUGAUGCCAAGCGAUCUCAUGACAGAUCAGAGUUGGAACAGCUAAAGCAGGAUAUUGCUAAUGCUAAUAAGCAGAAACAAUUUAUUUCAAAAGCCCUUGAAAAGAAGGGAAAGUCACUUGCAGAUGUCCGAACUCAAAUAGAUCAACUUAAAGGCAGUAUGGCCAUGAAACAAGCUGAGAUGGGAACAGAGCUCAUUGAUCACUUAUCACCGGAAGAAAAAGAUCUUCUAUCGCGACUGAACCCUGAAAUAGCAGAUCUCAAAGAGAAGCAUAUUGCCUGCAGAACAGAUCGCAUUGAGACUGAAACAAGAAAAGCAGAGCUAGAGACUAAUCUUACAACUAAUUUGAAAAGGCGAAAGCAAGAGUUGGAAGCCAUAAUAUCAUCUGCAGAGACUGAUUUAUUGUAUGGUGAAGCUGAUUUGAAGAGGCAGGAAUUGACAGAUGCUAAAUCAUUGGUUGAAGUUACGACACAGGAAAUGAAAAGAGUUUCUGGCAGUAUAGAUGAAAUAACCAAGCAACUCAAAAAGAUCAAAGAUGAAAAGAUAAAAUUAAAGGCUUUGGAAGACAACUAUGAGAGAACACUUCAGGAUGAAGCAAAAGAAUUAGAGCAGUUAUUGAGUAAGAGGAAUGCUCUUCAGGCCAAACAAGAGGAGUUUUCUAACAAAAUUAGGGAAUUGGGCCCCCUGUCAUCGGAUGCUUUUGAAACAUAUAAGCGGAAGAGCAUCAAAGAGUUGCAUAAAAUGCUUCAUAGGUGCAAUGAACAACUGCAACAGUUUAGCCACGUCAACAAAAAGGCACUAGAUCAGUAUGUAAACUUCACUGAGCAACGAGAAGAACUUCAGAAAAGGCAAGCUGAACUUGAUGCAGGUGAUGAGAAAAUUAGAGAACUUAUAUCUGUUUUGGAUCAAAGGAAGGAUGAAUCUAUAGAGCGUACUUUUAAAGGUGUUGCUCGGCAUUUUCGAGAAGUAUUCUCUGAACUUGUGCAAGGUGGCCAUGGUCAUCUAGUUAUGAUGAAGAAAAAGGAUGGUGAUCAAGGUGAUGAUGACUAUGAUGAUGAUGGUCCUAGUGAAGCAGAUUUGGAAGGGAGAGUUGAGAAAUACAUUGGCGUGAAAGUAAAGGUUUCCUUUACAGGGCAAGGAGAGACACAAUCUAUGAAGCAAUUGUCAGGGGGUCAGAAAACUGUUGUUGCCCUGACAUUGAUCUUUGCCAUACAACGAUGUGAUCCUGCCCCUUUUUAUCUAUUUGAUGAGAUAGAUGCAGCCUUGGACCCCCAGUACAGAACUGCUGUUGGAAAUAUGAUUCGUCGUCUGGCUGACAUGGCAAAUACACAAUUUAUAACAACAACAUUCCGAUCGGAGCUUGUGAAAGUUGCAGAUAAGAUAUAUGGGGUCACACAUAAGAACAGGGUGAGCCGUGUCAAUGUUGUCUCCAAGGAAGAUGCAUUAGACUUUAUUGAGCAUGAUCAAUCUCACAACGCAGAUUAAGUUCAUCUUUUUGUGGGUGCAGCUCAAGUCCUAUCUGGGAUUAAUGAAGUUAUCAAUCUGAGGUUCUGCUGUAAAUAUAGUCUUUUGCGCUUACCAUGUAAAGUAUUAUCUUCAUCAGUCCAAAGACUUAUCUUUAUACAGAAACGUGGAUUUUGUAGGGUGUUAUGUUUGGUGGAACUGCAAAACUGUGUAGGGGUGUAAAACAGUAAUUAGGUUAAUUUGUAUUAUACUCUUAUUUCUGAUUUAUUCCUGUAAAUUUCUUUUCCAUGUUCACCAUGAGCCUUGGCAAAUUACUAGUUGAAAUGCUUGUAGUGGCUGUUGAAUUUGAUGGGGAGCUUGGUAUGGCACCAUUUCUUAAACCAUCAGGACAAACAUGGACAUUAGGCAUUUUACUUCUAUUUAAUUUCACCUGUAAAGUUUAUUUUCUUGACA